AUGAAGGCAACACUGCGCUCCAUCUAUGCAGCGCUGCGCGACCGGCUUCCGACUGCUUCGAUUUCGCCGCGAGAGGCGGCAGAGCUCCUCUGCGCAGAGCACCCGUGCGCCGACAGCGGCGUUGCGGCGCACCUCGUAGACCGCGUGGAGGGCAACGGCGUCCUUCUCCCACUACCUUGCGUCCUCGCUUUGGUGCGGUGUGGGUACUCCCGCGUGCCGCGCAGUGGCUGCCGCGGCGUCGCGCUCAGCCAAUGGGGGCCGAUGGAAGAAACCUUGUUCUGCGCGCUCUGCAUAGGACUGCGGAGGCGCGAUGCAGCAGUUAUGCGUGCUGUACUCCAGGACGCCCUUCCAUCAAGAGGUAAUGAUAUCAACCACACCUACGACAGGAUGCAAGUUGUGCCCUCUGAUGGUUUUUGUGAUGGUUUGCAGAGGCGGCUGCAGCUGCUGUCGGAUGUGGCAAGUUUUGUCCACCACUCGACGCUAUCUGCGAAGGCGAGUCGUCUGCAACUCCUCGCGGCUGCGCUUCGGCCGGAGGUGCAGGGCGCCGAAGAAGAGUGGCAUUGCGUAACGGUGCCAAGCACGUUCGAUAGUGCUGCUGUAGAGCAGCGACGGGAAUUGGGUCGACUGGCAGGAGAGUGCCUUUGCUUAUACGGCAGUUGCUUGAGCGCAUUUCACCGAUUUUUUUGUGACGUUGUGCUCGCUGGGGCUUUGACUACCUGCACGGCAUUCCAACAACAACAACAGGACCAACAGCGGGGUAAGGAGCGCUUGCGGGCUCGUGUUGUGCGUGACGUGAUGGCGGGAGUUCGACCACUGCUGCUUGGCCUCCUCACACGCAGGGCGUGCGAGUGGAAGCACUGGACUGAGCCGAGCGAGCGGUGGAUGGAGAUCUUGUUGCAGCUCGCAGAGUGCCUCGCCGUUGAUGCGAAACGGUUGAAGUGUGUCUAUGGUUAUGAUGGUGAUAAUGAUGAUGCGGCGAAGGAGCAGAUGCAGCUACUAGCCAGCUACGUGGAUGUGCUGCAUAUUUUGGCGGUGUGCUUCGCGUUUUACCACCGCUCUGUAUUUGCGGAGAGCAUAUCCGUUACCAACGGUGAAGAAGAAAGGACAGCUGCUGCUGCUGUUGUUGUUGUGCGAAGAGGACUCGAUGUGUUGCGGCAUCUUCUGCGUGCUGUGGUGACAACAGCAGCGACGUCGAAAAAGACACCGUCGUCGAUUAUGCCAGGCGCCAGCAGCAGUGUUGGCAACACCAACUGUUUCUGCUUCAUGACAGUUAAGGAAUGGUGCAAAUGCUGCGAUGCGGCUCAGCUGCUGUGCACGCUAUCCGUUAUGCACGAGGAUGGUGCAUCGUUUGCCAAUUUGCGUAACGACACGGAGGUGCGCUCUAUGUUGUUUCUUGGCGCUUCGUGCUUCCUACGCAGCUACAGUGCGGAUGGCUCCUCUGUGCUGCCGCUCCGUUUUUACACGACUCUCAUCAAGGCACUGCAGGCAUGGCGGGAAGCGCCGCACAUGUUGUGGGAUGCUGCGCGUGUUGGGUUGUCACGGUGCCUCGAUGCCGCACCGCCUGCGACGCGGCCUCUGCUGGAGCUACUGGAGACACUUGUCUGCGCCUCCUAUACCGGGUCCUUGUCACUGUCGGCAACAAGAAGGGGGGCGAACGCAAAGGACCUCGUGGCUGAGGCUUCUGUUGCACGUGCUGUGCGUGAGAUGCGGAGCAAUUGCCUCGCGCACAUUUUUCACAAGCUUACGGGGGUACCAGAUGAAAUAGACCCGGAUCUUGUCUGUGGACUGCUGCAUAUUGCCGCAGCGGCCAACCGGCUACCGCAGUGCGCUGCUGCUGCUUGUGGCUGUGACCUUUUCGCUGACCAUCCACAGCUGCUGAACCGCCUGGGGCGCCUUCUACUGCCCGUUCGGAGUGGUAUGCAGCGCUUCUUCCCCCACGUCAGUGGUGAGUGCGAGGCGGCGGACGGCGAGACGGACGUGCGCCUCGGUGUCUCUGCGGGGGCAUUUCUGCACGUAUGCGAGGCGUGUCAGCAGGCACUUGUGUGGAGCAGCGGCGGCACUGCAGUGGGUGCUCGCGGCGGGUGCUGCUGUGUGCUCGGCUGCCGUGAUGCUGGCGACACCGUUGCUGCGUAUGUGGAACUCUUCACCCCCGUGUUCAUGCAGAGAGAUGCGGUGAGGGAUGGUGAUGCUGUGGAGGAGCCCUUCACAGCUCUUUGGACAAUUUACCAGCAUGCUGUUGCUGCUUCCACUUCACAAAGUGGAAAGGGUGCAUCGCCGGUGAGCCAAUCCGCUGUGUCUUUCCUCAUCGACUGCCAUCAGCAGCUUCUGUUGCUUCAACCCUCUGCUCUGAUCCCAUCUCAUGUGGGACGAAUACUGCGAGUGGUUUUCACGAGUUCCCCAGUUCUAUUUGCCUAUGUGCCUGAGCUCCCGCAGCUCCUGCUGCGCCGAAUUAUUUUUCCCACAGUCACCAAUUCGAAAGAGCAUGUGUAUGACGGCAGCGAUUACGUUGUUGAACACGCUGAACCGCGUGAGCUGUGGGAGAUGCUUUUGUGGGCGUGCGCGGCGGAGAUGGCGCGUCUGGGACGUCGUUCCCCUCUCCUCACCUGCUGCCGCGACGAAGACCGCAUAUCCAUUUCGUUUACUGCUGCUGCCACCCAACACAGUGAUGCCGAAGAUGCAGAGGCGGUUCUUAACGUGCUGGGUGACGUGGAGGUGGACUGCGACAGUGCCUUGUUUACAUUGCGGCAAAGGGUGCUGCGGCGUGCUCUCGAGUUAGUGCACUGA